AUGAUGGGGUCCCUGGUCACACUGAAGGGGUUCCUAGUCACACUAAUGGGGUCCCUGGUCACACUGAUGGGGUCCCUGGCCACACUGAAGGGGUUCCUAGUCACACUGAUGGGGUCCCUGGUCACACUGAUGGGGUCCCUGGUCACAGUGAUGGGGUCCCUGGUCACAGUGAUGGGGUCCCUAGUCACACUGAUGGGGUCCCUGGUCACAGUGAUGGGGUCCCUGGUCACACCGAUGGGGUCCCCUGGUCACAUUGAUGGGGUCCCUGGUCACAUUGAUGGGGUCCCUGGUCACACUGAUGGGGUCCCCGGUAACAUUGAUGGGGUUCCUGGUAACACUGAGGGGGUCCCUGGUCACACUGAUGGAGUCUCUAAUCACACUGAUUGGGUCCCUGGUCACAGUGAGGGGGUCACUAGUCACACUGAUUGGGUCCCUGGUCACACUGAUGGGGGUCUCUGGUCAAACUGA